AUGGAAGGAACUAGUGAAACGGUCCCAUUAAGAAGUGAAUCUAGCACGGUAUCUCCUUUUUCAAUGGCUACCGCUGGGAAAACAUUUGGUUCAACUUUUAGUCUUUUUUCGGCAUUGCUUGCAUCUAUUAUUCCAUUAAUUCAAUUGAUAAUUGGUGCAUAUUACAAAGGAGAUUGUCCUAUUGAUCAACGUAUUCCAACUUAUAUGAUUGUUUCUGGUGUCUGUGGUUUAGCAUUGACUGGAAUCGCCAUUUUGCUUUCUAUUACAUUCAUGUGUUUUGUUUCGGAUUCAACAGCAUUGAAUGUAUUAGCUAGCUGUUCUCUAUGUAUAAGUAUAUUGGCAACAAUUAUAAUAUCAAUUUUUCUUUUUAUUUGGUUCAUUCUUGGUUGUGUCUGGGUAUUCAGUAUUCGUAACGAAGUACAAUUUGAUAAUCGAUUGAAAUCUAAUUAUUGUGAACCAGUUUUAUAUAAAGCAACAUUUGCAUUGCUUAUAAUAACUAUUAUAUGGAGUAGUCUUCAAUGUUGUUUUUCAUGUUUUCGACAAUGUUGUACAGGACAAAGUAACUGA